GGUAGAGUUUUUUGUUCAAUCAAGCCAUUCGAUCCGAGCCAUCCAACAAAUCCAUGGAGGUGGACCAUAAGUUCUUCAAUGUUGGUCUCCUAGUCGUUGUGACUAUUAUCGUGGCAAAACUAGUAUCGGCACUUGUAACGCCCAAAUCAAAGAAACGCCUACCGCCGGUUGUCAAAUCCUGGCCGGUCUUUGGCGGACUGGUCCGUUUCUUGAAAGGACCCGUGGUGAUGCUCAGAGAGGAAUACCCCAAGCUUGGGAGUGUUUUCACUCUAAAUCUGUUGAACAAGAAUAUCACUUUCUUCAUUGGCCCAGAGGUCUCUGCCCAUUUCUUUAAGGCGUCGGAGUCCGAUCUCAGUCAGCAAGAGGUGUACCAGUUCAAUGUGCCCACUUUCGGGCCUGGGGUAGUCUUCGAUGUUGAUUACUCCAUAAGGCAAGAGCAGUUCAGAUUCUUCACAGAGUCUCUGAGAGUCAAUAAAUUGAAGGGUUAUGUGGAUCAGAUGGUUAUGGAAGCUGAGGAAUACUUCUCAAAAUGGGGGAACAGUGGUGAGGUGGACAUAAAAUAUGAACUGGAGCAUCUAAUUAUCAUAACAGCCAGUAGAUGCCUUUUGGGUGAAGAAGUUCGUAAUAAGCUCUUUGAUGAUGUGUCGGCUCUCUUCCAUGAUCUUGAUAGUGGUAUGCUCCCCAUCAGUGUUAUCUUCCCAUACCUUCCUAUCCCAGCCCACAGCCGUCGUGACCAAGCUCGCAAGAAGCUUGCAGAUAUAUUUGCUACCAUUAUAGCUUCUCGUAAACAAACUGGCAAGUCAGAAAAUGACAUGUUACAAUGCUUUAUGGAAUCCAAGUACAAAGAUGGUCGCCAAACAACCGAGUCUGAGGUCACUGGUCUGCUUAUUGCUGCUCUCUUUGCCGGUCAGCACACUAGUUCCAUCACUUCCACUUGGACUGGGGCAUACCUCCUCCGUCACAAGGAAUACAUGACUGCUGUGUUAGAUGAGCAGAAGAACCUGAUGAGAAAGCAUGGGAACAAGGUUGAUCAUGAUAUCUUGUCUGAGAUGGAAGUAUUGUACCGGUGCAUAAAGGAAGCCCUGAGACUCCACCCUCCUUUGAUAAUGCUUUUGCGUAGCUCACAUAGGGAUUUCAGUGUUACAACCAGGGAAGGGAAAGAGUAUGACAUUCCGACGGGCCAUAUUGUGGCCACAUCUCCAGCUUUUGCCAAUCGACUUCCACAUGUAUAUAAGGAUCCAGAUUCAUAUGACCCUGACAGGUUUUCUCCUGGGAGAGAAGAAGAUAAGGUAGCUGGGGUAUUCUCUUAUAUAUCUUUUGGUGGUGGCAGGCAUGGUUGUCUUGGGGAACCAUUUGCAUAUCUGCAGAUAAAGGCAAUAUGGAGUCACUUGUUGAGAAAUUUUGAGUUGGAAUUGAUCUCACCUUUUCCAGAGAUUGACUGGAAUGCUAUGGUUGUGGGUGUAAAAGGGAAGGUUAUGGUGCGGUACAAGCGCAGGGAGCUUUCUGUUAGCUAAUUAGUAACAAAAUGGUUGCCAAAUCAUUGUGAAUGCUUUGGCUGUUUAAAUUAUGCAUUUGGCCUCUUGGUUGCCAUGACUCCUUUGAUAUGUUGAUUUCAGCGUCUAUGUCUUUCCUUUAAUAUGUGUUGCUUCAAAUGACUUUUAAGUUGUUUUAUUGGAUUGUGGUAAUCUCAGUUUGUAUUGGAAUUAGUUUCAUCUUUUUGUUAUGUUUUCAUGAUGUUAGUAAUUUCUAGAACAUUGGUUUUGUUGACUU